UUUGAUAUUAAAGUUGAUUUAGAUGAAAUUAGUUUAAAUAUUAAUCGUGAUCAGUACUUAGAUUUACUUGAUCUAUUUGAAUUUCAAGAUUAUCUUAGUAUUAAAUCAAAAUAUAUUAAAUAUCAAAUUAAAAAUGAUAUCGAAAAAAAAUCUGGUCGAAAAAAAUGGAAAUUUGCAUAUGAUGCCAUUGUUAACGAAGACAUUCGACCAAGAUUUGAUUGUUAUAAAUGGAAAAAUAUUAAAACACAUUUAGAUUGUCGAAGAGAAUAUCGUUCGAUUUAUAUUCAAGAUCUAUUAGGAAAAGUAACAGUCGAACAAAAACAACGAGCACAAGAAUUAGAAAAAAAACUUAAUGUUUUUAAUUUAACAUAUGUCCGGUGUGCUGCAGAAAUUGAAGUCAAGAAAAAGAAAGAACAAGAACCCAACACUUGGUGGGGAGGUGUGUCAAAUUGGUGGAGUGGAAAUAAACCACAAGAUGAUCCAAACCUCGAUUUACAAAAAGUAAUGUCAUCGGAUGAGAAGAACAAACUAUAUGAUGCUAUUGGUUAUGAAGGAGAUGAUAUUUCAAUAUCGAAUUAUCCUGAAGAGUAUAUCGAUAUUGAUCUAGGGAUUCAAUUAAAUUUACUUGAAGUCAAUGUUUGGUCGAAAAUCAAUGAAAAUGAUGCUCAAUUUCGAGUUAUUGCUCGAGCUUCUAUACCUGAUACAAAUUUACAAUUCAAACGAAGACCUGUGAGAUCAGCUAUGGGAGUAUCGCUUAAUUUGGGUUCAUUUCAAGUUUUUGGCAUUGCUACAGAUCCAAAUGAAUCAGAAUUUUCUAAUCAAAGUCGUCCUGUUCUUGCUCGACCUGUUUCUCGAUUAUCAUCGCCAACAUCGAAAGUUGAAAAGAAAUUAUUAGAAGUUGAAUAUGAAACAAAUCCAAUAGAUAAAUUAGCUGAUUUUCGUAUUAAAGUUAUUUCGCAAUCUCUUGAAAUCAAAUAUAAUGCUCCAACAAUUAAUAAAUUAUCCGAAUGUUUUGAACAAGAUACUCAACGAAAUCUUCAAGGUGUUAAGCAAGCUGCAUAUUCAACUUAUACAGAUGUUAAACAUCGUUCAUAUAUAUUAAUGAAGCAUAAUAUUGAAAAUAUUAAAGUAUUGGAUAUUUAUCUUGAUCUUCAGUCAUCUUAUUUUCUUUUACCAGAAAAUGGAAUUUAUCAAGAUGAUGUUGCAGUGAUGUGUAUGGAUUUUGGCCAUUUAAUAUUCAAACGAAAUGAUCAAGGAGAUCAAGUGACUUCAUUAAAAGAAGCAAAAGAUAUUGAAGAAGCUCGUGAAAAGUCGUACACUAAAUUUAAAUUAAAACUUGAAAAUGUUCAAUUGAUUUAUGCAAAUCGAAAUGAAAGUUGGGAAAAAGUUCGUCAAGAAAAAGAUACUCGAUUACAUUUAAUUAAACCAUUGGAACUUGAUUUAGAUCUUGAAAAAUGUAUUUAUACUGAUGAUGCAAAUUUACCUGCUUGGAAAGUUGCUGGAAAUCUUCCUAAUGUAGAUUUACGUUUAUCCGAUAAACGUUUAUUUCAAAUAAUCAAUCAUAUGGAAUCGAUUCCUUUGCCGAAAUCGAAAAAUUCAACGAUAGUUGUACCAUCAAUGGAAUCAGAAUCAUCACCUUUACAAUCAUCAUUGAACAAUACUGAACAAACUCUACAAGCAGUCGAAGGAAUAACACCGAUGAAAGAAACAACUGAAGAAGAAAAAUCAGUUGACAAUGAUGAGAAAAAGAAAGAAUUCGAAGGACAAUUAACACAAUUAGAAGCAAUAUUUACACUUAAUAGAAUUGAUAUACAUAUUGAUCAAAGUUCAAAUGACAAAGAUGAAGAUCAAACAUUUCUUCGUUUAACACUUGAAUCAAUAGUUACUAAAACUAUAAUGAAAACAUUUGAUAUGAACUUUGAUGCAUCAUUAGCAAAUUUAAUUGUUUAUCAUGAACAAUUUAUUGGUAAAGAUAAUCAAAAUUUACGAUUAUUGUCAGCUGAAUUAGAUCAAUUGAAUAAUUCUGAAAGUCAAAAAUUAGUUCGUUUCAAAUAUCAUCAUACAUCAUCAAAGAAUCCAUUAUUUUUAUCGUCUGAUUAUG